CGCUGCCGCUGAGCCUCCGCUCCGCCAGCUCUAAGCGGAGGCAGCGUUGCUCGCCCCCUUCUCUGCCCUCAAGGAGGAAAAAGAGGAGGGAUCGGAGAGGCAAGGCCUUAAACGGAGCGGGCGAGGGCUGGGAAAUUGUCCUUAGGUGCCCCGGAGCAGCGCGGUUUGGCCCCGCGAGCGGUGGCGGGGCGAUGGAGGCCGUUCUCUCGCUGGCGGGGUGAUGGAGGCUGGCAGGGUGAUGGAGGCCGUGCUCUGUCGCUGGCGGGGCGAUGGAGGCUGAAACGCGGGGCGUGAAGUGGUCUCCGGGGGCUUGGAGGUCUGCGGGUCCCUUCGCGGGGAGCCUGCUGCCACCGCCGUCUCGCGGAGGUCCGCGGUUUCCAGGCCUCCGCGAGGCUGUGCCUCCAUCGCGGAGGAUUUAGGGCUCCUGCCGCUGCCAGGGCUGCCUGGCUUUGCUGCGGCUGUCACCGCGCUUUGAAGAGCUGUUUCCUCCCGAUCGCCUGGCAGAGCUCGAGAAUAAAACCGGGCGAAAGAAAGCCCCUGAAGUAUCUGGGAAGCGCAGCAAACCCGUGAAAAGGCUCCUCUGUUCUGCCUUUGGCACGGCUCGGCGGCAGGUCACCGCGAAAGCCCCACGGCCACUGCCAGCAACUUGCUGCCAAAGGGAUCCCUUCCCCCUCCGCCAGGGCUUCGCUGCCCCCGCUGCUGCUCCCGGCACAGCCCUGAGAGCUGCGGGGGCUUCAGAGGGCUGAUAUUAAAUGACCUUUCGAGUUUCUGGGGAUCCUUCCAACUUUUUAUUGCCGCUACGAGACCCAUUAUGUGCGCCCGCUGUUCUCCGUCGGACGGUGCUGGUCGCGGCGGGGUGGUGAAUUUAUUUCUGUGCCUCGAUUGUAACCGAUAGCCGAAGGGAGGGAGCCGCCAAGUCCCCAAAGAUGCCACCAAGUCCCCAAAGACAGCAUCCUCCGAGGGCAUCGGAACGGCGUCCGUGGAGCGGCUGGAGCUCACACAGCAGCUUUGCCAUCAGGCCAGAAGUGUGUCAAGGUUGAACUGGCAGCCACAGAGACUCGGAAUAAUUAUGUAAAUUACAGGAAGCCCCGUUAGAUCAGCCUGCUUUGUGCACGGUCACUCUUCAUACCCACAGAGGCAGCAAUUUUUUCUUUAUAAGGCCCCCCGGGCUGGGUUUUUCUGAUUUUGAUUUAAAUCUGUGCUUUCUCCCGGGCAGUUUUUAGACAGCCUGGGUUCCCACCAGCCCGGACAGCAUCGGAGGCUGACUCACGGGAGACGUGUGUGCGAGCAGCACGCUGGCAGCUCUGCCUCCUCCUAGAAGCAUCAUGCCCGCACAUUUUGGGGCUAAAAAGGGAGCUUUGGGCUUCGUUUGCUUGAAGCUGAGCUCACACGUUGCUGUUGAAUGGUCAGGUUGUCUUCAUCAUUUAAUUACCUUCAGAUCCCGAGGGGUACGACUGUACAAAAUAACCAAGAUGCUACAGAAUGUGCCGGCAGGAAGGAUGCUUCCUUUGUAAAACAUCACCUUUUUAGCGGCCUCUCGGUGCUGUUACGAGUCAAAUACAAGCUACGAAGGCAUCAAAGGGCCAAAAGCACCAUUCCGAAGAUGUUCCAGGACGUCGUCCGCAGGCACCCCGACAAAGUGGCCCUGAUUUACGAGGCCACCGGUGAAAAGUGGACCUUCAGGGGGCUGGACGAGUACUCCAACGCCGUGGCCAACUACUUCUACCAGCAGGGCUUCCGCCUGGGGGACGUCAUCGCCAUCUUCAUGGAGAGCCGCCCCGAGUUCGUGGGCCUCUGGCUGGGCAUGGCGAAGGUUGGCAUCGAGGCGGCCCUCAUCAACUUCAAUUUGCGCUUGGAUUCCCUGGUUUACUGUGUGACGACCUCGGGUGCGAAAGCCGUGAUCUUCGGAGGAGAGCUGUCUUCAGCAAUAUCCGAGGUGAAUGGGAUGCUGGGGAAGAACAUGGCAAAAUUCUGCUCGGGCGACUACAACCCAGAGGUUGUUCCAGCGGAGACCCGACAUCUCGAUCCUCUUCUGAGCACUGCAUCCAAAUCGCCCCCGGCUCAGAUCCCAGUCAAAGGUUUAGAUGACCGGCUCUUUUACAUCUACACUUCGGGCACCACGGGGAUGCCCAAGGCUGCCAUCGUGGUGCACAGCAGGUAUUAUCGCAUCGCUGCCUUCGGCUACUACGCGUACAAAAUGCACCCGGAGGACAUCGUCUACAACUGCCUCCCGCUCUACCACUCUGCAGGUAACAUCAUGGGAGUCGGCCAGUGCCUCAUCCACGGCCUGACGGUGGUGAUCAGGAAGAAGUUCUCGGCCAGUCGCUUCUGGGAUGACUGCACCAAGUACAGAUGCACGAUUAUUCAGUAUAUCGGGGAAAUCUGCAGGUAUCUCCUGAAUCAGCCGGUCCGGGAGUCAGAAACCCAGCACUGCGUGCGGCUGGCAGUGGGCAAUGGUUUGAGACCCACCAUAUGGGAGGACUUCACCAAGCGCUUCCGCAUCAAGCAGAUCGGAGAGUUCUACGGAGCCACGGAGUGCAACUGCAGCAUUGCAAACCUGGACGGAAAGGUCGGUGCCUGUGGCUUCAACAGCCGGAUUUUGCCCAAUGUUUAUCCCAUUCGUUUGGUGAAGGUGAACGAGGACACGAUGGAGCUGAUCCGUGAUUCCAGGGGGCUGUGCAUCCCCUGUCGCCCAGGAGAGCCAGGAUUGCUUGUGGGGCAGAUAAAUCAACAGGAUCCCCUGCGCCGGUUCGAUGGCUACGUCAACGAGAGUGCCACCCACAAGAAGAUUGCUUACAACGUGCUGCAGAAGGGGGACCAGGCAUACCUUACAGGAGAUGUGCUGGUGAUGGAUGAGCUCGGCUACAUGUACUUCAAAGAUCGCAGCGGUGACACCUUCCGAUGGCGAGGAGAGAACGUCUCCACCACAGAAGUGGAAGGGAUGUUGAGUCACAUCCUCAACCAGACGGACGUUGCAGUGUAUGGAGUGGAGGUACCAGGGGUGGAGGGAAAAGCUGGAAUGGCAGCAAUCGCAGAUCCUAAAACUAAGGUGAAUCCCAACGUUCUGUACCAGGAGCUACAGAAGGUGCUGCCUCCUUACGCCCGGCCCAUCUUUCUGCGUCUCUUACCCCAGGUUGACACCACAGGGACUUUUAAGAUUCAGAAAACCCGCUUGCAGAGGGAAGGAUUUGACCCCCACCAAACGUCAGACCGGUUGUAUUUUCUGGAUCUAAAGCUGGGGAAAUACGUUCCUCUGGAUGAAUGCCUUUAUGAAAGGAUUUGUUCUGGAAAAGCCGCUUUAUGAUCUAGUCCGGAUUGAGCCUUUCAGAGGAAACUGUGACUAACUGGAGGGAUGAUGCCUGUGGGAAGCGGCAGAUUCCUGCUUAAUAUGCAAUGUGAGAUCCUCCUACAGUGAAUCACCAUCGGGGAAACAUCUUGUGGGGUGUUGCCCUCGCCUAAAGCACAUUAACCUGUGACCUGCGCCUUUAGAGAGCACUGACACCCCAUUAAUCUGCUGUUACACACCUAGAGAGAGUAUUUUUGUAACCACUAACCACUUAGGUGGAAGAAGUUUUAUGGUUUAUAUUUAUUCGUAUCCUGAGGAUAAGCGGAGAUGCUCGUGCCCCGCGUGGGUUUCUUUUUGCUUCAUCUCCGAACUUGACUUACCAAGUUAACUUUUAACAGUGCGGGUCGGGCAGUCUUUAAUUGUGUUAGGUGAUGUUUUACGUUACUACACCUGGAAAUCUCACAUUCACCUGUGCCAAGCCCUUAGGGCCAGGGAGUUAAGGACAUUAGUGCCUAGAGGCUAGCCUCUGGACUCAGAGCAGGGUGGGAUGAGCACCGGGAACAGGGGUCGUGAUGGGCUGGGGGGAGAGGAGGGAGCCUGGCGGUGCUGUACGGUGCUAACGUGAACUCUAAGGAAAUGUUAACGGCAA